AUGUCCAAUUUAAAAAUUCUUCAUUUUAAUGAUAUAUAUCAUCUCUCUCCACAGAAGCAUGAACCUGUUGGUGGCGCUGCUCGGUUUGCAACAGCGAUUAAAGAAUUUAGGGAAAGUUAUGGUGGUGAAAAUUCAUGUAUAUUCUUUAGUGGUGAUGCUUUUAACCCAUCAGUUGAAAGUAGCGUUAGUAAAGGAACGCACAUGGUACCGGCGAUGAAUGCUUUUGGAAUUGAUGCUGCUUGUCUUGGAAACCAUGAUUUCGAUUUUGGAGUACCAACUCUUAAAGGAUUGAUAGCAAUGUCCAAUUUUCCCUGGCUUCUUUCUAAUGUUGUUGAUUCGGAAACUGAUGAACCUGUGGUCGGAAAUUGGCUUGAUACCAUUCCUAAUCUUCCAUCAACUAUAAAAUAUAAAGAUUUCGUUAGUGUUGGAAAAGAGCUUUCUGCACAGUUGCGCGACCCCAACGGUCCUCACGUCGUUGACCUUGUUAUUGCUCUUACACAUUGUCGGCUAUCGAAUGAUAUUAAACUUGCCAAGCAGUGUAAAGAUGAUAUUGAUUUGAUGCUUGGAGGACACGAUCAUUUUUAUUACAUUGGUAAAGGAUGUGAUGUUAUUCAUGGGUGGACCAGAAACGAAGGAGGAACUGUGG